CUACCAACGAAAGUAGGACGAAAUUCACCCUACAUAAUUCGCUACUUGCUUUCGUAGUAGCCUGCAUUGACUUUUUAUUCAAUUUAAACUGUUUAUUCAUUCAAUUAGCAAUUUAGCAUCAUGUGACUGACUGCACGGCCUAAAAUAGACGUCGGUUUAAUAAUAAACACAACACAACACCCGCAUACAUUAAAAAACUAAUAAAUUAAGUGUAUAUUUUUUCAUUGAACGUAAAUCAAUCGAUAUAAAUGCGAAAAAUUAUCCGUAUACAGUUGUAAACAUUCGUAAUAGUGUCGUAUAACUGUUAAUAAACAUUAAUACCGAGUUAAAUCCGCAGUGCUGUGUUAAAAUAGUGAAUUUAUGUAUUAUUAUUGUUGAAAAAUAUUAAGUUGUAUAUUUACGUAAUAAUUUUGGAAUAUAAUUUAUUUAAAGUGUUCAGUGGAGUGGUAAUUGAAGACGGUGUUGUUUAAUCUGUAACAAACAUGGAACACAAUGAUCUGAACGUAAUAUAAGACAGCACCACCUAGCGGCCGAUGGGCGGACUACGUAAGAUGCUACUAGCUCCAUCUAUUGAUCGAUAAACGAGAUGCCACGCUUAAAAUAUGCGUCGGUUGCCAGAGUUGUUGUUAUACUCGGGCUCUUUUGCCUAUGGCUACAGAUUAUGCUUUCCGCGUCGACUGGCGGCAUGUACAGAGAUGGAGAGGAGCUGAUGAAUGCUAAUGAAACAUCUGAGCAAGUUUUAGCAUUGGUGCCGCCUGAGCUUCAUAAGUAUUUGACAGUACAUCCAAGAAACAAUUCAGGGAACUCUACAGAUCGCAUAGCAGUUAAGAAUAUAACAGAAAUAAAACAAGCAAUCAGAAGGUAUAAUGACGCACAGACAAUUUACAAUGAGGACAUAUUUGGAGCGGUGCAGAAUGAUACAGUUAUUAUUGCUAUACAGGUUCACACCCGUCUGACUUACCUCCGCCACCUGAUUGUAUCACUAGCUCAAGCCAAGGAGAUUGACAAAACUCUGUUGAUAUUUUCACACGAUUAUUACGACGAAGAAAUUAAUAAUCUAGUUAGAAGCAUUGAUUUUACUAAAGUGAUGCAAAUAUUCUAUCCAUAUUCCAUCCAGACGCACCCUCACGAGUUUCCGGGAAUGGAUCCCAACGACUGUCCCAGGGACACUAAAUUUGAACAGGCUGUUAAGUUAGAAUGUAACAAUGCAUUAUAUCCAGAUUUGCACGGACAUUAUAGAGAAGCCAAAUACACGCAAACAAAACACCAUUGGUGGUGGAAAGCGAACAGAAUAUUUAAUCAACUGCAGUGCACUGCUGGACAUACAGGCUACGUUCUCUUCUUGGAAGAGGACCACUACGUGGCUGAAGAUUUUCUGCACAUCCUUAAUCUUCUGAAGUCGACAGCAGACAAGAGUUGUCCGCAAUGCGAAAUGCUUUCUCUAGGGACUUAUUUGAAAACCUACCAGUACCAUGUCAACGGAGAUAAGAGAAAGAAAAAUAUGAAUUUGAACUACAUACAACAAGUCAAGCUGGCGAAUGAAGAGCGAAGAAAGAAACACGAAAACAAUCCUACGUGGAACUUCCAAGUCUAUCCGCAUCUAUACACGGCGACCCAAAAGGUAGAAAUAACACCAUGGCAUUCUAGUAUGCAUAAUAUGGGGUUCGCGUUCAAUAGGACUGUUUGGAAUCAUAUUAUGAAGCAGCAGAGUCAGUUCUGUGCUUACGAUGAUUAUAACUGGGAUUAUUCUUUAUUACAUUUAUCACAAAACAUGCCAGGGAGGGAAAAGUUUAAAGUUAUUGUGUGUAAAGGCCCACGUGUUUUUCAUAUUGGUGAAUGCGGUUUCCAUCACAAGAAAUCAAAUUGCAAUGCAUCAACGGUGAUAAGUAAAGUACAGAAAUUACUGCAGAACGCCAAACCCUACCUUUAUCCCACGAGGGUAAGCGCGCAAGUGACGGCGGGCGGUGCUAAGCAUAAUAAGAAGCUAGUGAAGGGAAAUGGAGGGUGGGGAGAUAUUAGAGAUCAAGAACUGUGCACAAACAUGACGAAAGUUGGUCGACAGCACAGGCACACGAUAUUUUACGCGUAAAUUUAAUUAAAAACACAUAAUAGCAUAUUAAAAAAAUACACACUCUGUAUAAAGGUGGAAGGGUUUGAUAACAACCUGUAUACACGUAGUACAUUCCACACGCUGUACAUAAUAGGAAAAUACGCAUACGAUUUUGAACUUUAUGUCGUAGAUAUAAUGAAGGUAAAGGAUUAUAUUUGUGCACUUAGAAAUAUUCUGCAGCUAAUUUAAGCCUUAUUAUCAGUCAAC